ACUAUAAUCAACAAAAACAAAAAAAAUAUAUACAUAUUUAAAGAAAAACAGUGAUAUUUUUGUUAAAUUUCUGCAUAAAAAAUGCAGAUGCAAAUUUUAUACUGAUUCACAGUAUAGUAAUGAAUUUUUUAUUCAUAAUUUUCUUUCAAAAAUAUUUUCUGUGCGUUAUUUAAUUUGUUAUAAAAUCAUGGAGCAACUUUCUACCGGUAUUUUAAAUAGAAUUAUAAGUGGAGAGACAAUAAAUGAUCCCAUUUUUUUGCAAUAUGUGGGUUCGAAAUGUAUAAACAAUGAUAAAUAUAGAUUAUGGCUAUCAGAUGGAGAAAUAGUGACAUCUUAUGCAUUUGGUCAUUCAAAUGAUUUGGAACUUAUACGAAAUGGAAUUUUAACGAAUUUUUCUCUUUGUAAAAUUAAUAAUUAUGUGUUAACAAAAAGUAAAGGUUUAGUAACGCCUGUUAUUAUGAUUCGAAAUAUUGAAGUAGUAACAUCAGGUGGUGAAAUUGGAAAUCUUCUUGGAAAACCAAUUAUGUAUGAACCAAAAGCAUUGAAUAUUAAAGAACAAAUUCCAGUUGUAGAAGAAGUUCAAGUAAAUCACGUAAAUUCUCAGCCUUCGAGUUCACAAAAUGUUAUUGCCACUGUGCCAAUAAUACAUUUGAGUCCAUAUUAUGGAAAAUGGACAAUAAGAGCAAGAGUAUCGGCAAAGUCAAAUAUUAAAACAUGGAAUAAUGCACGGGGCGAGGGUAGAUUAUUUUCAAUUGAUUUAAUUGAUGAAUCUGGAGAAAUAAAAUGUACUGGAUUUAAUGAUCAAGUUCAUUCAUUUUACGAUCAAUUUGAAGUUGGAUGCAUUUAUUAUAUUACCAAAUGUCAAGUAAAACCCGCAAAUAAAAGAUUUACAACCAUAAAACAUGAAUUUGAACUUGUUUUAAAUGCAGAUACUGCCACUAUGAAAUAUGAAGGAGAUGAUUUACAUAUUCCAAUGAUUCAAUUUGAUUUUUCUCCCAUCAGUGAUAUUCAAUACAGAGAAAGUGGCAUUGCUAUCGAUAUUCUCGCAAUUAUAAAAACAGUUGGAGAAGUUAUACGAUUUAAAUCGAAAAAAACGGGAGCAGAUUUAAUGAAACGGGAUAUUCUUUUGGUUGAUGAUAGCAACACUAUGAUAACGUUAACAUUAUGGGAUACACAAGCUGAUGAGUUCAAUGAAAUAGAAGGCACGGCAUUGGCAAUUAAAGCCGUAGCCAUAAAAGAUUAUAAUGGAGGCAAAUUUCUUUCAACUACUUCGACAACAAUUAUUCAAGCUAAUCCAGCUAUUUCUGAGAUUGAAAGAAUACAAACAUGGUUCAAUGAAACUGAACGCGCUAAAAAUGCCAAAAUGCUUUCAACCACAUCUACAAGUUUAAGCUCUAAUUUUCCUUGGUUAAAUUUUAAACAAGUUGAAGAACAAAAUAUUGGAGUAAUUGGAACUGAUAAUAUAUUUUUAACUAAAGCCACUAUUGGAUCUAUGAAACAUUAUAAUGCUUUAUAUAAAGCUUGUCCCACAGAAGGUUGUAACAAAAAGCUUUUGGAUCCGAUUAAUUGUAUGUAUCGAUGUGUAAAAUGUAAUGCAGAUUUUCCAAAUUUUACAUACAGAAUGAUUUGUCAGGCAACGUUACUUGAUUACAAUCAGGAAUUAAAAGUAACUAUUUUUCAUAAUGAAGUCGAACAAAUUCUAAAUAAAAGCGCUCAAGAAAUUGGAAAUAUUUAUGAAAAUUUCUCAACUGAUAUUUAUGAAAAUAUAUUUCAUAGUUGUCAAUUUAAGAGUUUUAUAUUUAAAAUUCUAAUGAAACAGGAACACUUUAAUAAUAUAUCGAGAGUAAAAGCUGUUGUAUUAAGUGUUUCACCAAUAAAUUUAUCAGAAUAUAGUUCACGUUUGAUGAAGGAAAUUAAAAAAAUUAUGGAAAAACCAUCAACUUGAAGAGGAUUGCUCCAAAAAUAUAUUUUGAUAAUAAUAUUGACUGAACGAAUAAGGUUAUAGAGAUACCUAAAAUUUUCUUGUGAUGCGUGUUAUUUUUAUAAUUAAAUAACAAAAAUAUUUUUCUAUAUAUUUUCAACUAUUAGUAGUAUGAAAAUUAAAUAAUAUUAAGUAAAAUGAAAUAUGUAUUCUUUAUUUGAAUUAUUCUAAAUAUGCCUUUUUUUAAAAAAAAUUUUAUUAAGACAAAAAAUUCAUGACAUUGCAUGAAAUAACAUUAAGUUCUCAGAAUUGUAAGUACUUUAAAAAAUAUUUAAAGUUUAUAUGAAAUGUGUAUAAAAAAAUUAAAUCAUGUUACUGUAAAGAUUA